GGAUGACGCGUGCGCGCUGGAGGCGGCGGGCGCCUCUGGGCGGCGCCCGCUUCGGGACGGGCGCUUGGCACGCUGCCGGUCUGAGCGAUGACCAGCGGGCUGGCGAAGUCGGAAUCGGGGGCCCAGCUGAUUGCGCGACUCGAGGGCCGAAGUUCUCUGAAAACUCUUGAACCUUGCCUGUUUGCUGAGGAAGGAUAUCCCAUUUACGGAGAUGUUGUUGAAUUCCAUGGUCCAGAAGGAACAGGAAAAACAGAAAUGCUCUAUCAUCUGAUCGCUCGCUGCAUUCUUCCAAAAUCAGGAGGUGGUUUGGAAGUGGGCGUGCUUUUUAUUGAUACGGACUUCCAUUUUGACAUGCUGCGUUUAGUGACUAUCUUGGAAUACAGAUUGUCAUCUCAAGGCACCGAAGCCAACAUCAAGCUGUAUCUCGAGAGGUUUUUCCUUAUUAACUGCCACAGCAGCUCUCAGCUGCUGCUUACCCUGUACUCCCUGGAAAGCACGUUUUGCUCCCACCCUUCCCUUUCCUUCUUGAUUAUAGACAGCAUAUCGGCCUUUUAUUGGAUAGACCGAGCCAAUGGAGGAGAAAACCUGGGUCUGCAGGAAGCCAACCUAAAAAGGUGUGCACGGUUUCUCAGAAAGCUUGUAAAGGAGCAUCACUUAGUUUUGUUUGCCACAACUCAGUCACUUAUGCAGAAAUCAUUCAGCUUUGUGGAAAGCUCAGAAAAAUCUGACCGUGAUGCAGAUGCAGACUACCGCCCUUUCCUUUGUAAAUUGUGGCAACAGCUCAUCACCCACCGGAUCUUUUUCUCCAAGCAGUCCCAUCCAGGUGAAACCAAAGGAUUUUCAGCGACGGCUUGUCACAUUCAGAACAAUUGCCUUGUAACACGUUCAUUUAGCAUCACGGAACAUGGAGUCCAGUUUUAAUGGCCAGCUUUUUAAAACAGAGGGAGAGAGAUGGCAUUGACAGUGCAGUCAGGCUAAUUGAAAAGGCAUAUGCUAUUUUUUUAAAUCAAGUUUUUACAUCUUUGUACUCAUGUUGUCUAAAACUAAAUUUUAGAAAGCGCGUUGAUUGGGUUUGGGCUAAAAUUCAGGUGUAUACUUGUGAAUUGGUGAAGCUUACAGAAAAAAAAACAGUUAAGUUUUGGAAUUGAAUAAAAAUGGUUACUUCUGAUUCUCAGGCAACAGAAACAAAAGCUUGAUCUGGGCUGAGCACUGCCUGGGUGGGCUUUAUUUUCUCCCUUACAGAAGACGAUGUUCACUGACCCCUGCGCAGCACGCAACGGAAUUUAAUAGGAAGAAUACGUAGCAUGUUUUUUCCAACCCGCCAAAUUGCUUGCUUUUUCUGUUUUAUCCCCCGUUUACCUGGAAAUUGUUCUCACUGAUCUCCAGGGUCUUCAUUCCAUCCAGGCCUGUGUACUGUUGGGGUCAACCCAGGGGACAGCUUUGGGUUGCCCUCCUCAGCCUGUUGUUCGAAUUGCAGUGUGAAAUACUGAAAGCCAUGGGUGCAGUGACAGAACAAGCAAGUUCUUAGAAGGGGCUUGAUGUAUCUGAAGCCCACAAAGCCUAUUUAUAUUCAGUGUGUCGUAUGUCAAAGGUUUGAGAAAACAAGGUUCACCAAAGAGAAAAUGGUCUACAGCUCAGAGCAGUAGCAAAACCGUAUGGCAUCUGUACAGUGAAUGUUGCUUUUAUCGGCCUUUGAAUACUUCAGUGCUUUGCAAAAUAGAUUUUAUUAUUGACACGUUCAAGUCACAUACAAGGCUAGAAAGAAACUUCUCAACCAUAGACCAUAGAUGAAAUCCAUAUAUUUCCCCGCCUUCCAUAAAUUUAUGACACUCAUAUUUA